AUGGCACAUUUGCAAGCUCGCAACCACGUCUCGCCAGACUCGGGAUUCCCGAUCACAAUUCAUCCUGCAUUCAACCCCAAGAUCAAGGCCCACACGCCCCCCGAGCCCUUGAGAGACGAGGUGUUCCCCGACAAAGACCGAGCGUCGUUCGCGGAUCCUGAGAAGAAGGCACUGUUUUCUGUGGCCAAGCGCGUCGACCUGACCGAGUCGAUCGGCACCGUGCUCGAAAAUGUGCAGUUGUCACAGUUGAACGACGCCCAGUUGGACGAAUUGGCUCUGUUGGUCACGGAGCGAGGAGUCGUGUUUUUCCGCGACCAGGACCUCACCACCGAUCAGCAGGUUAAGCUCUUUGAGCAUUAUGGCACGCUGGACCGUCAUCCUGCGCAAAAGGAACAACAGCACGUCAUAAUCAAAGGUAGUCGAGAGGACCAUCGAGAAAUCCUGACCUACACUCCGUGGCCCUCUGGUGAUUUCCACGCCGACACAUCGUUUGAGAUUAACCCACCAUCGUACUCACUUUUAAGGAUGGAAGAGCAUCCCGAUGUCGGUGGUGACACUGCAUGGGUCUCUCAAUACGGCCUUUAUGAUGCACUGAGCAAGGCAUUGCGAAGCUUCCUCGAUGGUCUUCAUGCUGUACAUACCUCGCGGUUACAAUACGAUACCAUCCUUGACCUCUGGGGUGUCGGACCAAAUCGACCCCCGAUCGACACGCAUCAUCCUGCCGUCCGUACUCAUCCCGUAUCGGGUCUGAAGGCAUUGAAUGUAAAUCCGGGCUUCGUCACUGGAUUCGCCGAGUUGAAGAAGAAAGAAUCGGAUAAACUUUUGGAGUUUCUUGAAUAUCAUAUCCACUCGGCCGACGACCACUACGUUCGUUGGAAAUGGGCUGUUGGCAGUGUCGCCAUGUGGGAUAACCGGUGUACUCUCCACCGAGUCAUCCCGGGGACAUACGAAGGCCCUCGCAAGGGCAUCCGUACCACGGUAUUUGGUGAGAAGCCAUACUUUGAUCCGGCCAGCGAAAGCCGCAAUGAGAGAGCUUUACGGUUGAAGACGUUGGCAACGGAUGGCAUCGCUAGAAACGACAAGGGAAAGGAGCCCAAGUGGGAUGGGGCAGAUGUGCCAGCGUAG